GAGGGCGGGGAGCAGACUCUUGUGCGCCUGCGCGGUGGUGCCGAGCCUAGUCAAAGGUAGCGCGACGGCAGCGGCGCAGGCGAGGACCGGUUAGUGCUCCGGCGCGAAGGAGGGGGAUGAGCGUGUCGCCCUCGUCGCCGCCAUUAUGUCCGUCACCAUCGAGCAAGAGUUCCAGGAGAUCGACGCUGCUAACGACUGGCAGCCCCGGUACCUGGAUAUACGGCACCAAUCCAAUGACUACCCACAUAAAGUUGCAAAAUAUGCAGAAAAUCGAAAUCGUAACAGAUACAGGGAUGUUAGCCCAUGUAAAUGACCACAGUCGUGUAAAACUGCAGAACACAGACAACGAUUACAUCAAUGCAAGUUUGGUGGUUAAUGAAGAAGCUCGGAGAAAUUAUAUAUUAACACAGGGUCCACUUCCUAAUACAUGCUGCCAUUUUUGGCUAAUGGUAUGGCAGCAAAAGACAAAAGCAGUUGUUAUGCUGAACAGAAUUGUUGAGAAAGAUUCGGUGAAAUGUGAACAGUACUGGCCAACGAAAGAAGAGGAACAAAUGAUGUUCAAAGAAACAGGAUUUUGUGUGAGGCUAAAAUCUGAAGAUGUGAAAUCAUACUAUACUGUACGCCAGCUUCAGUUAGAAAAUAUUAAAACUGGAGAGUCCAGGAUGAUUUUCCAUUUUCAUUAUACUACAUGGCCAGAUUUUGGAGUUCCUGAAUCCCCAGCUUCAUUCCUUAACUUCUUGUUUAAAGUCAGAGAAUCUGGAUCUCUGAACCCUGAACAAGGGCCUGCAGUCAUUCAUUGCAGUGCUGGAAUUGGACGUUCUGGUACAUUUUCCUUGGUAGACACAUGUCUUGUCUUGAUGGAAAAAAGAGAAGACCCAUUUUCUGUAGAUAUUAAGCAAGUAUUACUAAAUAUGAGAAAAUACCGAAUGGGACUUAUCCAAACUCCUGAUCAGCUAAGAUUUUCCUAUAUGGCUGUAAUAGAAGGAACAAAAUACAUAAUGGGUGAUCCUACUAUACAGAAUCGGUGGAAGAUUCUUUCAAAAGAGGACCAAGCACCAAGUUCUGGACACUCUCCUCCACAGGCAACCAAAGUAACUGCAGAGAAGUACAACGGAAAUAGUGUGGGAUUAGAUAAUCAGGAGCAAGCUGAGAAUGUAAAUGCUGACUUGUCUUCUGCACUACAGAAUAAUGCCGAUGCAAAUGCUGACAUUGCUGUUCGCAAGAGGCUGAGAGAGGACAGAAAAGCUAACACAGCACAGAUGGUGCAGCAGAUGAAACACAGGCUGAGUGAGGCUGAAAGAAAAAGAAAAAGGUGGUUAUAUUGGAAACCUGUUGUUACUAAGAUUGGUUUUGGUUCAGCCAUUUUUAUUGCAGUUUAUUCUUGCUGUCAGUUGUACUUCCAUGGUUCUCUCUUUUGCAGUGAAGCUAAAACCGCAGAAUUGUUAUCUCUGCCUGUACUGAAUCUGUGACUCUUUUACGUUGUGUGUCUGUAGGCCGAGAGUGACCGACACCUAAGCAGCCAACUUGUGAAUAUUCUGCAGCUAUAAUUACACACUAUUGGCACGCAAAGCAGAACAUCAUCCCUCUUCAGGAACAAAAGUGAGGUCUGAACAAUUCCCAGUGGCCUCAUAAAUAUCUGUUUACAACGUAAACAACCAGGGAAUGAAGUACAUCACCAGCAAGAGACUUUGCAAAUUAGAGUAAUUUUGUCUUAAGUGUUUUAUGCUUGUAUCAUCUGUAGAAAGAUGUAAGAGAUCACAUUAGAUAAUACUUUGUACUGCCAUUCUUAAUUGUAUUUUUUAUACUUUUGGCAGCAUUAAAUAUUUUUUUUAAUUGA